AUGGUUUUAUAUUGUAAGUCAUUUCUAAUUUGGUGAUAACCGUUUUUAUUGAAUUUAGUAUAGCAACAAUAAAAACAUUAUUGUACAGUUUUCACUAUUUAGUAUGUGCUGCUUUACUGCCAGAAGAAACUGAGUUAAUAACAAAACUUCACAAUCAAUACCGAUUGGAAUUGGCACUUGGCCAUGUGAAAGUCAAAGGUUUUUCAAUUGUAUCAGCUCAAAAUCACUAUGCCCUGGUAAGUUAAGAACAAGUUAUUGUAAUGCAGAGCUAAGAUACUGUAGAAUGAGUUACUGUAAGAUAAAGGAGAAGGAAAGGGCUAGGACUCAGACUAAAACUAAAACAACUUCUAGGGCUAGGCCAAAGGUCAGGGCUAAGACCAUUGCUAUAACUAGAAGUAAGGGUGUCACUAUCGCUAGGACUAGGAUUAGUGAUGAGACUAGGGUUAAAGAUAGGACUAGAGCUUCAAAAAUUUAGCUUAAAAUUUCAGAAUUACAAUUUCAAAUUAGAACAAAUGGCUCAAGAACAUGCUAACAAAUGUGUUUUUAUGCGGUCGAGUCAGGAGAAGCGGCCGAAUAUUGGUGAAAACAUAUGUGUAUAUUCUACUGACAUCAUGUAUUACCGUGCAGGUAAAUUUUAUUCUUACUAUUAUAGGAUACGGUACUGUUGGGUAAGGCAGUAUAAGGUAGGGUAAAGUAGGGUAGGGUAGGGUAAGGUAGCGUAGGGUAAGAUAGGGUAGGGUAGGGUAGGGUAGGGUAGGGAAAGGUAGGGUAGAGCAAUGUAGAGUAAGAUAGGUUACGGUAAUAACCUUAAAAUUACAGAAGCAGUAAUAAAAGACUGUAUAUCAACAUGGUGGAAUAAGAUAAACUUUUGGAAUCCAAAAGAAAGGGUGUUUACCGUGAAACACUACGUAGACAACGUGGACCAGUUUACUGCGAUGGCAUGGGGAGCUGCUACAGCUAUUGGCUGCGGAAUUAGUAAAUGCGAUGACUACAGAGUAUUUUUUGUUUGUAAUUACGGCCCGAGGUAA